AAGAGCUGGAGCAGGGGAGAGAGAGUUUAACACGUCCAGCACCAGAGGAGAGAUGGGAUUAUUUAUCACGGCUCUGCUGCACUGGACGGAGCUUUAAGAAAAACAAAUCCUGCAGGAAACAAGCUCCUCUGAAACAUAAGACGAUUCAAGUAUUCAGGGACCACCAUGCCGUGCGUGCAGACCCAGUGCGGCUCCUCUCCACCCGGAGCCAGCCCGGCUUCCCAGAGCGGUGCCGGGGAGCGCAGCUGCGACUUCCUCACCCCGGAGUUUGUCAAGUUCAGCAUGGACCUCACCAACAGCGAGAUCUCCGCUGCUUCCUCCGGCCCCAGCUUCGGCCCCCUGGCGGACUCGUACAGCUCCGGGUACGACGUGAAGCCCCCGUGCCUCUUCCAGAUGCCGGUUCAGGCGGAGCUGCCGUGCGUAAAGGUGGAGGAUGCGCACGGGUGUCCGCGGUACCAGCCGACUCCGCAUCCCUCGCACCAGCCCGACGAGCUGCUCUCCUCCCCGGGCUCGGUUUACUACUACCGGUCUCCCUCCCCGCACACCCCCAUCACGCCCGGCUUCCAGACUCCAGCGGGCCACAUCUGGGACGACUCCGCUUCCCUGUACACUUUUCGUCAGGACUAUUUGGCGGCGGCGGCGCACAGGAAGAACGCGCUGUGCAGGUUCUCGUUGUUCUCUCUGAAACACGCGCAGCACAGCGGGCAGAGUUUGUCCGCGUGCCAGAUGAAGUUCGACGGAUCCCUCCACGUGUCCAUGAACCUGGACGCGCACCAGCCGCCGGACGGUCCCGGGGGUUUGGGCUCCCCCGGCCUGGGGAAGCAGCCCGCGGUGGGGUUUCCUCACCCGCUGCAGCUCGCCCACACCCACCCCUUCAUGGACUACCAGGGGUCCUCUGCGCCCUGCCGCGGACCCCUGAGCUCGGAGGGGCUGUGCGCGGUGUGCGGGGAUAACGCAGCGUGCCAGCACUACGGAGUGCGCACCUGCGAGGGCUGCAAGGGAUUCUUCAAGCGCACAGUGCAGAAAAAGGCCAAGUACGUGUGUCUGGCUGCCAAAAGCUGCCCGGUGGACAAACGCAGGAGGAACCGGUGCCAAUACUGUCGCUUCCAGAAGUGCCUUACGGUGGGGAUGGUCAAAGAAGUGGUGAGGACCGACGGUCUGAAAGGUCGGAGAGGUCGCCUGCCCUCCAAACCCAAAGCUCUCACAGACUCACCCGUCAGCAGCCUCCUGAGCGCCCUCAUCAGGGCACAUGUGGAGUCGAACCCUCCACCCUCUCAACUCGACUACUCCAAAUUCAGGGGAAGUCCCGGGAGUCCUCUGGGAGAUGAGGCGCAGCACGUCAGGCAGUUCUACGACCUCCUGACCACGUCCAUGGAGGUGAUUCGGGGGUGGGCGCAGAAGGUCCCUGGCUUUACCGCUCUGCCCAAACACGACCAGGACCUGCUCUUCUACUCGGCUUUCCUGGAGCUCUUUGUGUUACGCCUCUCAUACAGAUCCAACCCUGAGGAAGGGAAGCUGAUCUUCUGCGAUGGCUCGGUGUGGCACCGGCUCCAGUGCCUCCGGGGCUUCGGGGAGUGGAUCGACAGCAUCGUGGAAUUCUCCGCCAACCUGCAGAGGAUGAACCUGGACGUCUCCACCUUCUCCUGCAUAUGCAGCCUCGCGCUGGUCACAGAGAGACACGGACUAAAGGAGCCGAAGAGAGUGGAGGAGCUGCAGAGCAACGUUGUCAAGUGCCUGAAGGACGGAGGCACGUGCACAGACGGAGGCUCGGACUCUUGGUCCAACCAUUUGUCCAGACUUUUACAAAAGCUGCCUGAGCUGCGCACUCUGUGCAUCCAGGGCCUGCAGAGGAUUUUCUACCUGAAGCUGGAGGACCUGGUGCCGCCGCCCGCCGUGAUAGAUAAGUUAUUCCUCGACACACUGCCAUUUUAGAGACGUGGGAGAACGAGGCGACACACGGGGACGUUUGUUUUCCUCGGCGAUGGCACUGUUAGAUUAUUUCCAGUUGAAUCCCUGGAGUCGAUCCGGUCAGUUUGAGCUCUGUGCGCUGCAUAAAAAACACUUCAGAAGGAUUUCGGACGCAAACCUUUUAUUUGAGGAGUCGUAUCUUAUCUGUAAUUUUCAUCAUAUCGACGUGACGCAUGGUAACGGUUCCUUUUUAGAUCCUGUGGACCAGGAAAGGACCGAUUUUUUGUUUCAUUAAUUCAAAUGAUAUUAGUAUUUAAUUAUUUGCAUUGUAUUGUUAAGUAAAGACAAAACUAUAAACUGCGAGUGUAUAAAAACAUGUUUGGCAGGUACAGUUUGUUUUUCUACGUUUUUGUGCUUCUCAGCUUGUGUGCGUCUCAUCCUUUUGUGUUGUUUAUCACAAACCCUGGU